AUGGGAGUGGAUUGUGAAUGUGCAUCAGUUGUCUUGGGUGGAGUAUACAUUCCUCUGAACUCAUCAGAAGAUAUCUACCUUGGUCAUUGCUCAGCAGUUGAAACUAUUAGAAACAAUAGGCCAGAUGUACCUGUAUAUUUAUUUGGCGACUACAAUUUACCACUGGCUUCUUGGGCUCACUCAAAUGAAGAGGGAUUGCUCGUUGACUGCCAAGAAAACUAUCCAGCAAAGCUGAUAUGCGAAUGCUUUUCUUACCUAAACCUGAGGCAAUCAAAUAUCAUACCAAAUCAAUGUGGAGUAUUUUUGGAUCUGAUUUUCCACAGGAUUGAAGAUUAUCAGAAACUGUUACUUACGAUGGAAUAUAUUAAUGGUUUGUUAAAAAGUUUUGAAGCUGAAGUUCCCGCUUAUCUCAAAUCACUUCUUAUAUACAACGGAUUUGAUAAUUUAUAUUCCCUUUCACAGUUUAAUAUUGAUGAAGACAUUGAGAGAAUGGAGUGUUAUGCAAGGGACGUCCUUUCAAAGGUAUUGAAAGGAGAAGAAAAAAAAGCAAUGUUUGGAAUUGUCAGCGAAGAAUGCUCUCUAUUUAAAAUUCCGGAAGGCCAUAAAAAGCUUUUGCGCUUUGUAAAGGAAGAAUCAGAAAAAAAAAUUAAACUGCUAAAACGUCCACUUCUUUGUGAAAGGUCUGAAGGCUGUCCAGCUGAAAAAACUUUCCCCAAAAAGAGAAGAACAGUGACAAAUAAAAGUACAUCUCGAUCUGAGAGUGGUAAUGAAGGCGAUGGUUUUUGUACUCCAAAUGAUGGUUGUGUUUCUCAAGAUGAAGAGCAAGUUAAUUAUGCGAUGCAGCAUGUUUUAAAUAUUAGUCGAAGCUAUAUCGAUAAAUUUUCACGAAAUGAAUUCGACAAAGGCAAAAUUAGUGAAGAACGAUUACAAGAUGUUUUAAAUAAUUCCAAAAACCUUAAAGUCAAAAUGGAUGGUGAAUUUACUGCAAAAAUAUCUUGCCCUUUAUGUACAUUUAUUUCUUCAGCCUAUUCAGUGAAGAACUCCAAAACCGGAAGAAAAUGGGUGAUUUCAAACUUCCUGAGACAUUAUAAAAUACAUUUUAAAGAUGAUGGAACCAACUUAACUAAAAAAUUACCGAUUAAACCGCAGAAACCCGAAAUUCAGACCACUAUACUUAACUUUAUAAAAAAAGAUGCUAAUAAAAAAUGUGACUUAAACCAAGAUUUUGAAGAUCCAAGAGGAAAUCUCUUUGACCUAACCGAUCCCAAUACAGAUUUAAAUUAUGGAGCUUCGACAUCAUCUGGAUUGCACUUGGAAUUGACUACUGAAUUGAGUCAAAAUGAUUCGUUCAUUGACCAAAAUUACGAAAUUCAUGAUGAGGCACAGCAAAAUAAUCCUAAUGGGGUUUUUUUACACUAUAACACAGACCUCGACACAGACUCUCCAACAGAUAAUCAAUCGUCGAGUCAACUAAGAACAAUUGUUGUUAAUGAUUUUUCUACUGAGGAACAUCAAGGAGCCAGCCAAGUUGUAAAUGAUAUCCCAGUAUCUGAAUUAGAGUAUAAUCCAGACAAUUCAUCUCCAUUGGAAGAUUUUUUCUUUCUUGACAAUGUAGCGGAAAUCAAUCAAAGCAAUAAUGGUUCUGAAAAAGUAAAGUCUCCCAAAGCUAAAUCUUUAUUUGAUGAUAGCAAUUCCAGAAGAGAAAGAAGCUUGCGCAUAUUAAAUGAGUUACCAUAUCAUCAAACACAAAUAACAACUUUUCUAAAUACCAUAAAUCAUGCCAUAGACACUAACCCAGAAGUUACAAACACCUCAAGUAUCCUUACCGAAAAUCAAGGCAUUAAUAAAUUUAAUUAUGGCACCAAAGGCCUACUAAAAUAUCUAUUAGACUCAGCAAUAAGAAACUCUAAAAAUAAAUCAGGACACACAAAUAAAUUUGAUGAUGGAAUGAAACGAUUCUGGCUUUAUAUAUUCAUUAGCGCAGGAAGGAUGAGUUAUGAAAUAUUGCACUCAAAUUUAAAAAAUAUACUGCCUUCUGUCACAACUAUUCACAGACAACUAGAAGAAAUGAAUAAUAUAUUAGAGGGUGAAGUGAGAAUUGAAGACUUAAAACUUUAUUUACAAAAGAGAAAUUAUCCACCCAUAAUUUUUAUAUCCGAAGAUCAAACUGCACUCAUCAAAAAAGUCCAAUAUGAUUCAGCUUCAAAUCAAAUGGUUGGCUUUGUAGCACCUUUACAGGAACAGACGAGAUUUCCUCGCAUUAACAAAUUCCCAGUUGAUUCAGUUAGCGACAUUGAAAAUGCUUUUAAGAAUAAAACAUUAGCAAUAAAUGCAUAUAUUUUUAUGGCUCAGCCAUUAGUAGAUGGAUCACCCGCAUUUUGUAUAUCAAUAUUUGGCAGUGAUAAUAGAUUUACCUCAGAAGAUGUUUAUAAACGAUGGCAAUAUCUCAUAAAGGAAGCAGGAAAACAUGGAAUUACAAUUUUGGGCUUUUCAAGCGAUGGUGACACUCGGUGCUUAAAAAGUAUGAAAAUUAUAUCGAAAUUGUCAUUUACUUCAUUGAACCCUUACUCUCCCUAUUUUCAGGCGAAUUACAAUUUAGAAAAUCCAGCAGUUUUUCAAGACACUAUACAUAUAUCAACGAAGCUUAAGACUCGUUUAUUAAAUGAAAAUAUUUCUAUGAAUAUGGGAGGAAAACGAGUAUCUAUUGACAAUAUCCGGUACAUAAUUGAAAACUAUCCUAGAGAUAAACACUUAUUAUGCAAGAGCUUCCUUGAAUCUUCCGACAAAAUGAACUUCAAUGCAAUAGACAAGUUAAGUUCUGAACAUGUCACAAAUAUGCUUAAGGAAGUUCCCAACGCCGAAGCUACAAGGCAAUAUUUAAUACUGACUCGCAACAUAUUGGAUGCAUUCUUGUUAAAAGAAAUUAGUGUUGAAAGACGAGUAUACCUAAUUUGGUAUUCAACUUUUUUCAUGCGUAUUUGGAAAGCCUGGCUAAAAAAAAAUGGUGAAAAUAUCCAAAAGAAUUUUAUCACCACAAAUGCCUAUACAUGCAUAGAAAUAAACGCUCAUGGAAUUAUUUUAGUCAUUGAAAAACUUCGGCAAAAUGGAAUUUCAGAAGCUUUUCUUCCAUGGCUGUAUAGCAGUCAGCCAUGUGAAAAAGUAUUUAGAGAAACUCGGUCCAUGAGUAGCACAUUUUCAACUAUGAUAAAUUAUACACUGCUGGAUGUUUUAAGAAGAUUAAAACGUAUACAAGCUAUGCAUGAGAUAAGCACAGACUUAGGUCCCAAUUUUAGAUUCCCCAGGCAAGAAAACAAACGACUUGGAAAUAAUUCAAGUGUCUUUAAAGUAACUGAGUUUCCAUCAACUGAUGAAAUGAUUAACAUAAUUAAAAAGGCCCAAGAAGACGCACUAUCUGACGCUAAAAAAAUUGGGAUGGAAAUGAACAGGGAUUGUUGUAUAGAAAUUAAUUUACCGACUUGUGACAAUCCGGAAGAGCAAGAAGAGGUGCAGGGAAGUAUAAUUAUCACUGAUACCAUUUCAAAGGAACAUGAGCCAGACCUCGAGCCAACUUUUCUAAUGAAGACCGGGAGUUUCUUGAAUAUACCUCUACAUUUAAUAAUUAUGACUCUUUACAUUUGAGAGACUAUACGGGUCAAAAGAAAGCACAAAAAUCGUGUCUGUCAGUGACACUUAAAGACAAAAAAACACGAAUUAUAAAAAAAUCUACUCUAAUUUGGUUUUUUCAGGAAAAACAGGGUCGUUUAUCAACCGACAGACUGCUCCGGGUAAAGGGAAUGACAGUUAAAAAUACGCAUAAGGGGUUAUAAAAAAAAAACAGUUCA